UUCCGUGUCACGGGCAUGAGAUGUUUACCAUUUACCUUUCCCUCCCAGCCUCCUCCUCGCCAAAACCAAGAAAAGGACAUUCAAAAUGCGAUGGAGGAACGGGAGCCUGACAGCGAGGUGAAAAACCAACCAGACUUCAUAAAGGAAAGAUUGGCCUUGUUUGAGACAUUGAAGAAAGAGCAUCAGCUGUCACGUGCCCCCGGUGGGAGCGAGGGGAGCGCAGGCGAUGCGAUCACAGUGAGGGUGGCUGAUGGGAAAACCGUGGAAGGGGAGGCGUGGAAAACCACACCGUACCAGGUGGCUGCUGACAUCAGUCGAGAGCUGGCCGAAAGCACCGUAAUAGCCAAGGUCAAUGGUGAAUUAUGGGACCUGGACCGCCCGCUGGAGGGGGACUCCGCGCUGGAGCUGCUCACGUUUGACAAUGAGGAGGCGCAGGCUGUGUACUGGCACUCCAGCGCCCACGUCCUGGGAGAGGCCAUGGAGCUCUACUAUGGAGGCCACCUGUGCUACGGUCCACCCAUCGAGGACGGGUUUUAUUACGACAUGUUCAUCGAAGACAGAGCCGUGUCCAGCACAGAGCUGCCGGCGCUGGAGAGCAUCUGUAAGACGAUUAUAAAAGAAAAGCAACCUUUUGAAAGAUUGGAAGUCAGCAAGGACGUUCUUCUGGAGAUGUUUAAGUACAAUAAGUUUAAGUGCCGCAUUUUGAACGAGAAGGUGAACACUCCAACCACCACGGUCUACAGGUGCGGCCCCCUCAUCGACCUCUGUAAAGGCCCCCAUGUGAGACACACCGGGAAAAUCAAAACCAUAAAAAUUUUCAAGAAUUCCUCCACCUACUGGGAGGGCAGCCCCGCCAUGGAAGCGCUGCAGCGGAUCUACGGGAUAUCCUUCCCCGAGAGCAAGAUGAUGAGAGCCUGGGAGAAGGCCCAGGAGGAGGCCAAGGGCCGAGACCACAGGCGAAUCGGGAAGGACCAAGAGCUUUUCUUCUUCCACGACCUGAGUCCGGGCAGCUGCUUCUUCCUUCCCCGGGGAGCCUUCAUCUAUAACACCCUGAUGGAUUUCAUCCGCGAGGAGUAUCACCGCCGGGACUUCACGGAAGUGCUGUCUCCCAACGUGCUCAACAGUAAACUCUGGGAGGCCUCGGGCCACUGGCAGCACUACAGCCAGAACAUGUUCUCCUUCCGUGUGGACAAGGACACUUUUGCCCUUAAACCCAUGAACUGCCCAGGGCACUGUCUCAUGUUUGCCCACCGCCCGCGGUCCUGGAGGGAAAUGCCCAUUCGAUUUGCCGACUUUGGGGUUCUUCAUAGAAACGAGCUGUCGGGAACCUUGAGUGGCCUGACCCGGGUUCGACGCUUCCAGCAGGACGACGCCCACAUUUUCUGCACCGUGGAGCAGAUUGCAGAGGAAAUCCGGGGGUGCCUGCAGUUCUUGCAGUCUGUUUACUCCACGUUCGGCUUCUCCUUUCAACUAAAUCUCUCAACACGGCCCGAGAACUUCUUAGGCGAGCUCGAGUUAUGGGACGAGGCUGAAAAGGUAGGAGGGACGGACAAUACCAAUAAAAAGUAUAUUUUAAAAAACAGCCUGAAAUGUGUCAUUUCCUUCUUUAGUAAGGACGGGGAUGACAAGAAGAGCCCUGUGAUCAUUCACCGAGCCGUUCUGGGCUCGGUGGAGAGAAUGAUAGCCAUCCUGUCGGAAAACUACGGGGGGAAGUGGCCUUUCUGGCUGUCUCCGCGUCAGGUGAUGGUCAUCCCUGUGGGUCCGACUUGUGACAAGUAUGCACUUCAGGUGUCCAGCACAUUUUUUGAAGAAGGAUUCAUGGCCGACAUCGAUUUAGAUCAUAGCUGUACACUCAAUAAGAAAAUCCGAAACGCACAGCUGGCUCAGUAUAAUUUUAUUUUGGUGGUUGGAGAAAAGGAAAAAGCAAACAGUGCUGUCAACGUUCGAACAAGGGACAACAGAAUUCAUGGAGAGAUAUCACUCGCUUCUGCCAUCGAUAAAUUGAAGAAUCUCAAGAAAUCGCGGACACUAAGUGCUGAGGAAGAAUUCUGAAGUCCUUCCUUGCUCUCCCUUCUGUGAAACCUUGUUUUGACACCCCCACCCAAAAAAAUGCAUUUUUCUUAAUUAAAGUUAGUACCUCUGAGAACUUUGGGCCCACUGACGGUUCCUCUGCCGGGGACAGUGGAAGAGGAGGCAAUGAAUGAGUAGCCGAUAUGUAUGAAGUUUAAUUCACUAAUGUGUCUGAAAACAAGCUUGGGGAAGUUUUUAAUUUCCCAAAAGUCUUGAGAGACUUAUAUGGGAAAAUGUUAUUCAUUGAAAAAAAGGGAAAUAUCGGGAAAUGAGGAUUAUGAAGUGUUAUUGCUAAGUUUUGUGAUUUUCAAAAUAUAGGUUUUAAAUAAAAGUCUGCAAGCUCUUUA